AUGGCAGCAUUUACGUACACACAGUGGUUGAGUCAGUGGAUCAGCAAUGCCGUCAGAGACGAAGGGACCGUGGCAGGCCCAUGGGACCUUGUAUUCAGAAGCGCCGGCCCGGAAGUCGGAGUGGAGGGCGCGAGGCGGGAGGUUGGCGGGGCCGCGCAGCGCCGGGCCCAAGGCGUUGGAGCACAGGACCGCCCGGGAGGGGGUCCGUGCUUUGGGGGUCGGCAGCAAGAAAUAGAAGAGAAACUCAUUGAGGAAGAAACAGCACGAAGAGUAGAAGAAUUGGUAGCAAAGAGGGUGGAAGAAGAACUGGAGAAAAGGAAGGAUGAGAUUGAGCGAGAAGUCCUCCGAAGGGUGGAAGAGGCCAAACGCAUCAUGGAAAAGCAGUUGCUCGAAGAACUCGAGCGACAGAGACAAGCUGAGCUUGCAGCACAAAAAGCUAGAGAGGAGGAAGAACGAGCAAAGCGUGAGGAGCUGGAGCGGAUAUUAGAAGAAAAUAACCGGAAAAUCGCAGAAGCACAGGCCAAACUGGCUGAAGAACAGUUGAGAAUUGUUGAAGAACAAAGAAAGAUUCAUGAGGAAAGGAUGAAACUAGAACAAGAACGACAACGUCAACAAAAAGAAGAACAAAAAAUUAUCCUGGGCAAGGGGAAGUCCAGGCCAAAACUGUCCUUCUCAUUAAAAACCCAGGACUGAACGGCAAACUCUGAACUUUUUACAAAGAAAAAUGAAAAAAACUUCGUAUUGUAGCUUCAUGUUGAAGUGGUUUUUUGUUUUUGUUUGUUUAUUUUUUUUUAAUUGGAGAAUCUGGAAAGUUAGCUUGUUCUAAUAGGGGCUAUGCUCUGCAAUCCCUUUAUUUUCCCUCUUUCCUCUAUUACGUCAAAUCCUUAUCAGAUCAUUGCUGUUUUUUAGAAGUGGUGUAUUUUUCACCUGUUGGGAUUCUGUACUGAUUGGUGGUCUGCCGUCGAGCAGGUCACGUGGUGACUAGCUGGUCUGGUAAGGUGUUCACUGACCACUGACUUCGGGGUUAUACUCUGUUUACUACGUCCUAAUGCUGGUGUUGCUGACUUUUUGUUUUUUUAUACAUUUAUAAAAAAAGAAAAAGUUGGUAAUUGCAUUACAAAAUUCCCAGGGUUGUGCUGGACCUGUGUGGUGUGUUACAGCAGUGUCCUUGUGAUGCUGUGGCUCUUGGUGUUCCCGAUAACAGGUAAGGAUAACAGUUGGUCACCUGCUACAGAAGCACCUGCAGUGCAGUAUUGUCUCUGUUGGACUUUUGUUUCUUUCAUUGACGAAAUCAAACCAGCAUUCCCCACUGUAAAUAAAUGAUUUUGCUGAAUAAAGUAAAGUCUUAAAUUCA